AUGAUAAAUUUGAUGUAAAAAAUCACUAAUGUUCAAUGUUUAGAACACUUUGAAUAAGUAUAAUUUUUAGAUCUAAGGCAAAAUAUUUUAAAAGGAGAUAGAGCGAAAUGUUGUAAAUGCUAACUAAUAAAUCCGACUCACAUAGAAUAAGCUUUUUCUAAAUGGAUCUAAAAAACUCAAGAUGAAAUUCAAUAAAUUUAGAACGAAUUCUAAGGUUACCUUAAUCCACUCAAAUUAUUUUAAGAGUAGAUGAGAUAAACUUAAAAAUCAUUCGAUUAAAAUUGUGAGCACUUAAUAAAUGAAAUAGAUUAUUUAAUCAGAGGAAUAAAUUAUGAUAAAAAUCAAAAAAUUAAAUCUUUGCAAGUUUUUGGUGAGAGUAUUUCAUUGUCCAUUCUAUAAGAGAUGGCUGAAUUAAUGAGUGAAAAGACUCCAAUAAUGAAACAAUCCAAAAGAGAUGUAGAGUUAUAUAAGGGAUUGAAGCUUAUAAUAAAUUUGACAAUAUAGAUAAUGAAUGAAUAAUAAAACUCUGUUAUACAAUUAGUUAAAUAACAAUAAUCAGCCAAGGAAAAGGUUGAGAAUUUUAAAGAUAUAUAUCUAUCUCAUAGAUCGUACUAUUAAUAUACAGAAACUAAAAAUAUUUACGAUAUUAAAUGA